AUGGCUUGGAGCAUAUCUUUCCUCGAAUUCUCCCCUCUUCUACACGUCCUCCUCCUAGUUUCAGUUCCUGCUGGCUGGGUUGGAUGGAUCCUCUAUGCCAGGUGCAUUCAUCCACUAGCAAAGUUUCCCGGGCCGCUUCUAGCAUCGGUCACUCGACUUUGGCUUAUCUUUGAUGUCGCGAGUGGUAAUGCCGAGAAAUCGCAGAGACGACUCCACGAGAAGUACGCGCCAGACGAGGUGGCUAUAGCAGAUCCUGACGCUAUCAAAACCAUCUACGGAGCUCACUCUGGUUUUACCAAAACCGACUUCUAUCUCCCCUUCCGAGCAACAUGGGGCAGAUAUCCAGACGCUUUUACGAACUUAGAUGAGCGUCAGCACGCCGAGCGCCGAAGGAUCGUCAGCAGUCUCUACUCUCUGUCAAACAUCCUACAACUGGAAGAGGGCAUUGACGCCUGUAUCGAAAUGCUCGUGGGCAGGCUUAAAGAGCGCGCCGCGACGAAUAGGGCCGUUGAUAUGGCGGAGUGGGUGCAAUGGUACGCUUUCGAUGUCAUUGGAGAGCUAUUCUUCAGCCGCAAGUUCGGCUUCAUGGAGAACGCGCACGAUCACCAACGCUACAUCCACGCCUUGGACCUGGUCACUCCGUUCUUAGCUGUGGCGUGCGUUAUGCCGGCGUACAUGCGACCCUUCUUCCUUGCGAGCGGAGCCAUGGUACCUCGUGUGUUCAGGGCGCUCAACGCUCUCAAGCACAUCGAGAGCGCGUCUGAUGCGUGUGUCGCUGAGGGAAGACUUGGCUUCAAGUGCGAUCGAGGCCGCAAAGACAUGCUCGAUGGUUUCUUUGACAUUUGGCACAAGAAGGGAGAGGCAAAAGACUUUACCUUGAUGGAAGUGAAGAUGGAGGUCUACGGCACAUUCAUUGCCGGCUCCGACACAACUGCAGCUGCGAUAACAGCCAUACUGUAUCACCUCGUGCGAACACCCUCAGCCUACGCUAAACUCACCGCCGAGAUUGACGAAGCGACUGCCUCUGGGCUCCUGAGCCUCCCUACUGUCCAGUAUCACGAAGCCGUUGGGCUUCCGUACCUCGUCGCUUGCUGUAAGGAGGGCAUGCGACUGCACCCUAGCGUAGGCUUGACACUUCCGCGCCAUGUGCCCGCAGGUGGGUGCAUCAUCGCGGGUGAAUGCUUUCCUGAAGGCACGCGGGUGGGUGUCAACGCAGCGGUCGUGCAACGGGACAGAAAAAUCUUCGGAGAGGAUGCGGAUGAGUUUGUACCUGAACGAUGGUUCCGCAAAGGCGCAGCAAGGAUCAAGAGGGUGAUGUUCCAGUUUGGUGGUGGCUCAAGAACGUGUAUUGGGAAGAACAUCUCGCUGUGCGAAAUGUACAAGCUGAUCCCCCAGCUUCUGCGCUCCUUUCACAUAACGCCUUCGGAGCCCGAGAAGGAAUGGGAGACGCACAACUACUGGUUCAACAAGCCGUCUAAAGUGCGCAUGAUGCUUAGCACUAGGACACAUGGUUCGGUAAAACUAGCACGAAAAUAG